CUAAAAGACAACAUGGACAAAUCUUCAUAAGCUUUGACUUGGAGACACUUAUUGCUUCUUGGGAAGAUGCACCUGCUCCUGCUCCUGUUGGCCUUCUUUCUACUCCCCAGAGCAGAGGCAGGAGAGAUUAUCGGGGAGCAUGAAGCCAAACCCCACUCCUGCCUACAUGGCUUACCUUAAGAUCAGGCUUGAGAAACCUAGAAAACUUUGUGGUGGCUUCCUGAUUCAAGAGGACUUUGUGCUGACAGCUGUUCACGGUUUACAGAGCUCUCCAUCCAACAACCCACUUGCCUCAGUGUACAACCAAUUAGAGGUCACAUUGGGUGCCCACAACAUCAAGAAGCAAGAGGACACCCAGCAGGUUAUCUGUGUACAAAAAGCAUUUCCCCGCCAAGACUAUAAUCCAAAAAUCCACAUCAAUGACAUCAUGCUGCUGAAGCUGGAGAAAAAGGCCAAGCUGACUAAAGCUGUGCAGCUCCUCAUCCUGCCCAAGGGCAGGACCCAGGUGAAUCCAGGUACCGGGUGCCAGGGUGACUCCGGAGGCCCCCUGGUGUGUAAUAAUGUGGCACAGGCCUUUGUCUCCUAUGCACCAAAGAAUGGAACAACACCAUGUAUCUUUACCAAAGUCUCAUGGUUUCUACCCUGGAUAAAGAAAACUAUGAAACAGAGCUGACUGCACACAGUAAAGUAAAUCCCGUUUAUGAGCAACCAUCUUACCUGGAGCUGCGUCUACAAUCACUCUAGAGCAGAUGCCAGCUACUAAAUAAAUGUUUCAUCUCAGUGGA